CUCGGAGGCAGCCAGUGAGGCUGAGAUUGGAGUCCUGCCUGGGGACUUAAUGCUAGCAUGGCCCUGCAGUUGCCAUCUCUGAAGUUUCUGCUGGUCCUUGUAUCUCUGCUGGCAGCACAGGGCCAAGAAGAUCCCAAGGUCCAAGGAGUACCCUCAGAAACAGAAAUAUGCCAAAGACCCCGGUGGAACUCAAGACUCCAGCUGGCACCAGAUCAGGAGAAUUACAAUAAGAACGAGGAAGUGACGUUGAGUUGUCCUGAGGGUUUCCAGCCGUCCUUCACCCAUGUCAAAUGUGCAAGGGAAGUCCAGUCCAUCAGUCAUGGAAAACCUGUAUACAGAGAAGUUUGGCUCGGAAAGGACAGCAGAGGUGCCUGGAUCCGCAUUCGGUCCAAUGUGGAGUGCAUCGAGGUCCUCCAGGUUGUCCCUGAGUCCUUGGAGAUCUCCAGCACCAGCAUCAAACUGAACUGGACCUGCCGGCUCCCUGACGCCUGCCAGCACAUGCAGGCCAUGUGCCGUCUGGCAAGGCCUUCCUCCCCUCCCUGUGAGGCUGAGGAGGUGAAGGGAGAGGAGAUGCUACGUGGCCAGGAGGGAACAUUCACCUGCCCCUCUCUGCAGCCUUUCACUGACUACAGUGUCACUGUCUCACUGCCCCCCAGCACAAUCCUUUUUACAUGGUUGGUCAGGACAGAGGAAACAGUGCCGGACAAACCGGAGAGGCUGUGGCUGGAUUCCACCACGGGGUCCCUCAGGUGGAAGGCUCUGCCCCCCUGCAAAGGAGAAAUCAUCGGAUACCAGCUGAACGUCACGGCCCGGAGUGUGCAGGACGGCGUCUUCCUGGAGAUGGAGCGGCUGCGGCUGAACAGCUCCGUCACUGAGCACCCUCUGCCCCGGCACGGCCCCGGCAGCAGCUACGUGGUGGCGGUGCAGGGACUGACGGCCGCCGGAGCCGGGCCUGCCUCGCUGGGGGAGUUUCGGAGCAACAGCUCGGACACCCCGCGCCCUCUCGGCGCCGGCUGCCGCGGCGUCCGUGACAUCUCCCUCUCCCGAGGAACAGCCGUGCUUCCCCUGCGCCCCAUCGCCUGUCCCGCCGAGGCAGCGAGGGAGCACCGGCUGAUCGUGGCUGCGACGCUCGACGGCACAGCGGUGGAAGGCGCCUGCCUGGGGGACCCGCAGCCCCUCAACGCCAGCCAGCAGCCCGGCGCCUACGUGGCCGCCGUGCUCAACCUCACCGCCCCCACGGACUUCGUGCUGGGCGAGGGGACCCGCGGGCAGGGCUACCACAACGCUGCCCUCCGCCCGGGCUCGGACUACACGGCCCUUCUCCGCCUCGUCUGCCGCUCGCGGCAGGCAGAGAAGUUCACCUGCGUCUGCUACAGCUUCUCUCUUGUUGCAGGGCAGCCUCCAGACUCGUGGUAUGGGACUGUGAUUGGGGUGGCUGUGCUGUUGGCACUCCUCCUUGUGUCUGCAGGGAUCCUGUGGUUCGUGCUUUCCAGGAAAAAGAAGUCUUUGCCCAUCAGAGCUAAAGAGGAUAAUUAGAAAGGUAAAGGUGGCCAGGUUGGAGAUCAGUCACUCCAGCCCCCACCCAGGACCACAGGAGACACUUAGAGCAGUGAGGGAGUGGAGAAGAUGGGGAGGAUCACCCCAGCUCAGUGCUGAUGGCUCUCCUGUGACUGUGACCAGUACUGGGGGUCCCAUCCAAUUCAGCAGAGCAAGAGGAAAACAGGAGGCCAAGAAGGGUUGUGAGCUUUUUCUUUCCUCACCCCCUUCACCUCCCGGAUUUCGCUUACUGCUGUUUUAAGGCCUUUGAAUGUGACUUUCUGUAGUUCCUUUUUUUAGGCUUUGCUUUCAUUUUUGCUUUCCUGGAAACAGGAACUGUAUGCCAGAUUUCCCAGCUGCUGACUCAUAUGGGCUCAGGCUGAGGGAUGGUCCAUGUUCCUGCCAUGUCCUGGGUUUGCAACCCCUCUCCCGCCUCUGUCUGCUGAUAUUCAGCCAAACCGAGGGUUGUUACGGAGCUUGACCUGACUGGGCUGCCUUCGUGACUUUGCCUGCUUUGUCCACACAACCAAUAAAGGCUUGUGCUUUGGGGGGGGGCUGUGUGCCCCACUACA